GACACGCUUGGCUCUCGCGCUGCCGAAGCAGCCGUUGGGCUCCGGCUGCUGUGAUUGUGGAAGCCGCGUGCGCGGAGCUCCGGCUCUCGCGCCCGCCUGUUCGCCUUCGGAGCUCGGGAGCCGUUGGGUGGAGGCUGUGGAGCCCGCCUCGCGCUGCCUAGAGAAAGCGCCCAAAUAUCUGGGAUUAGUCAAACAACACCGGGUCACGGCGACAACUUUUUCUUAAGAAGUAAAAAUGAUCGCGAACUUCCAACACACUUGCCUUUCCAAACCAGAAAGGAAAAUGUAACUGCUCUUCAUGGUAGACAGUUAUCACAGAAGAGAUGCUUUUAAAUAAAGUCAACAUGUGCAUUGCAAGCUACUGUGGGACCAUAGCGCUCGUCCUCUUCGCGAUCGCAAACGUUCACAGCAAAGUGUUGCCUACGAGUCCAGAAAGAUUGCAGAGUUUCUACACAUCCCCAGCCUAUCUUCCUGUGAACUACAAGCUCUCAAAUGUGCAGCUAGCCUUUUUCCUAAAUAAGGACAAGCCAAACACACAAUGGAACAGCACCAAAUCACUCCAACGCUUGGAACAUUUUGUUGUAUUUCAGACAAAGGAACUUCCGGUGGUGAAUGCCACUUUAGGACCUUUCUCCAUGGAUCGGACUCUCCCAAAAGACAUACUUCAGCCCACCAGUACAUUGGAAGUGCUAGACCGAUUCACCAUGAAUUGGAAGGUCAGAGCCUUUAUCAUCCAACAGAGGGUUCCCUUUAACCAACCACUUGUUCAAGUACUAUUUUACGUGGCAGGUCGAGAUUGGGAUGAUUUUGAUGUUGUGGAUAAGUUGCCAUGUGCUAGACUUCAUGCCUUCCGAGAUGUGAGAGACAUUAAGAGCUCCUGCAGGCUAAGGGGAAUCUUAGCCAUAUGCCUAGUCCAAGUUGAUUUGCCCCUUGCCUGGUUUAGUUCUGCCACCUCAACUCUGGGAAGAAAGAAACCGAUGGAUAAUUUGGAUAUAAUCAGUGAAAAUCUUCAAGUUGAACUCUACUACACCUUGCAUCCUCCAGAUAGAAAUGGAGAAUGUAAUGCUGGCAGUGAUGCAUCUUCUCAUAAAGGGAAAAAUGUUAGGCACGAUGAAUCUCACCAGCAGCCUCUGCUACGUAUAGGAAGUAUCAAUUUGUUCCAGCCUCCCCAAACUCAGUUAGUUCAGGAGCAUAGGCUUGAUCGCAAUAUCUUCAUUCGCUUGCCAGAAGGACCGCUAAAACCUGGGGAGAUUCUUAGUAUCUCGGUGUUUCUAACACCAAAUUCAACAGUGGAGCAAUUCACUCUGAGGGUAAAGGCCAAGAAAGGAGUGAACCUGAAAAAUAUGUGGCCCAAAAAUCCCGAAACCUGGCAGUUGAGAUCAGAGAUCUUGAAUGGAGGAAAACAUUCCACAGCCACAGUAGAGAUGAAUAGGAAGCAAGGAGUCUUAUACAGCAGUGAAAGUGUUCAGCCCAAUGAAAUCAUUCAAUUGAACUUUGAGAUGGAAAAUUUUACCAGCCAGUCAGUGACAAGGCGUAUUAUGUGGCACGUUGACUACCGUGGAAAAAAUCCUCCUCCAGAUUCGGACAAGGUGGUGACAGAGUUGGCAGUAAUCCAAAAGGACAUCCGUGCUAUUGUACCACUCUCCAUGGUGAGUUUUUUGCACAGCCUUGAAGCUUUAGUGAUGAAUGGUCUGGUGACAUAA